GCCGGUCGCCAUGGAGACGGCGUGCGGCCAAGGGAGUCUCCGGGCCGGGAGUUCCGCCGGCUGAGCCAUGCCCGCCACGCAGCCCCCCGCGGGCCUCAAGCCCCUCGUGCACGAGCAGAUCGCCGAGCUCCAGAACAAGAUCCAGCUCCUGGAAGGUGACCGGAAGGCCUUCUACGAGAACUCCCAAUGGAACAUCAAGAAGAACAGGGAGUCCAUCUUGCGCCUGAGGCAGGAGAAUAAGAAGCUGCAUCAGAAGCUGGCAGAUCUCCUGGCGGGAGAGGAGAGGGUCAUCAAGGCUGCCUUCCAAGAGCACGCGACUGAACAAGGCUCUGUGAAAAACAAAAGCGGAGAGGGAGCCAUUCAGAUCAUCAACCACCGGCUGUGCGAGAAGAUCAAUCAGCUGAAUAGCCUGAAGCACCAGGUGGAGGUGAGGAAGCGUCGCCUGGAGGAGCUCCAGCUCCAGUAUAGCACAAAAACGCAGGAAGUCCAGGAUCUGCAAGAACUGGAAGAAGGAAACAUUGAGGCCGCCAAGACUCUGCGGAAGCUGGAGAACCGCCUUGAAAAGGCCCGGUUCAAGACAGAGGAGGCAGAACGCAUCACCGGCAUGUACCAGAAGCUCAAGACACACAUGCAGGAGGAAAGCCUGCAUUUCCAGAACAAACUGGACACCCUGGAAUCAGAGAUCUCCCGCCUGUCUCUCGAACUCCGGGACCUGGAGAGCGUCAACAGUGAUGCGCAGCACGCUCGAGAUGCAGCCAGGGGUCAGCUCCUGAGCCAAGAGGAGAGCAUCUACCGAGAGCGGAAGCUGCGGGAUAAGAAGCUGAAGGACCUGAAGAAGCUGACGGAGGAGAAGAGAGCCCAGAAUGAGCGAGUGGAAAGACGGCAGUCGCAGAGGGACCACAUCCCAUUCAGGACCGAAGACCUUUUCAAGGACCCCCAGCUGGCCAAAGGGACCAUCCUGAAAACCAAGCAAGCCCUCUUCACCGCCUCGGAGGCCUUUGACAAGAUCCGCUCGGCGACUGGCGUCACCGACGCAGAAAAAGUGGUGGCCCGCUUCUUGGCCCAGGAAGAGACUUUCCAGCAUCUGGAGGAGAUGAAGAGCGAGAACGAAGAGGCCCUGGUGCAUCUGAAGGAGGAGAAGGAUGCCCUGCAGACCAAGCUCCAGAGCCUCAAGUACUCUGGAGAGGCCCAGCUAGUCGGAACCCAGAACCUGCUGAAGAACCUGCAGGGCCACCUGGAGCAAGAAGAGGCCCGGCGCAAUGCCACCAAGGCGGAGCUGGACAAGAUGACCCGCCUUCUGCUCAGUGCCAAGGCUGGAGUGGAGCAUCUGGCAUCCAAAGUCCAGCACAUCAAGCUGGAAAGCAGCCGCUUUGCUUCCGUUCAGCUGGAUGAGAAAGCCAGUGACUACGUGCUGGACCUUCUGGGGCAAACGGAGGAGAAACUGCUGCACGUGAUGCAGUCCCUAGGGGAUCGGGACCAGGGGGAGCUGCUCCGGAGGAUCGAAGAGGUGGAGUUCCACUCGAAAAUGGAGAGGAGGCUGCCCUCCCACAACACCCGGGUCAAGCUGCCCUCUCAGAAAGCGGACAUGUAUUAUGAUGAGGAGGACAGCGGAGAGGACGACGCCGACGUGGUGACACGGGCAGCCCUGAAGCGCCAGUCCCAGCAGAUCAUCGAAGCCAAGACCAAACGCCGCACCCGCUACAGGAAGAAGGAGGGGAAGCUGUGACUCCCCCUGCAGCCCAGCUCCCCCUUCCCCCCUCCUCAAAGCUGCCGGGGAAGCAUGACCCUCCCGGGAUCUGUUUCCUGCAGAGCAGCAGCCCAGCACACAGCUCCUGCCUGCCUGCCUCCCAGGGGAGAGAGGGGAGGCCUCUGGCUCCCCUCCAGAUCUGUCCGGAGCCCUCCUCAGUGGUGGGGGGGAGGCUGUGAUUGCUGUGGGGAGACAAUAAACCCUGUUCCGGUUCAA